GGACUGACAAGAGCCAAACUUGAGAUUCUAUCUGAAAUUGGCUCCAGAGUGACCUGUCACAUCCAGGACCCUGACACAGAACCAUGGUACUGCACGGAUCUCUGCGGCUGCUGUGCCUCUUAGAAGCCAUCUCUUUACUGCCUUGUACUGAAGCUCUUCUGUGCUACGAGGCGACAGCCUCCGCCUUCAGAGCUGUGUCCUUGCAUAACUGGAAGUGGCUUCUGUUGAGGAGCAUGGUGUGCAACCAGAGAGAGGGCUGCGAGGAGACCAUAGUGUUCAUCGAGACAGGGACCAGUAAGGGUGUGUUGAGUUUCAAAGGCUGCAGCCCCGCCUUUUCUUACCCUCCCCAAAUCUCCUACCUUGUGUCUCCACCUGGAGUAUCCAUCGCCUCUUACAGCCGGGUCUGCAGGUCCUAUCUUUGCAACAAUCUAACCAACCUGGAGCCUUUUGUGAGACUCAAGGCCAGCCAACCCAUGUCCACACUACCUUCUGCCAAAAGCUGUCCGACCUGCGUGGGCAAGCACAAUGAGGAAUGCCUUCCAAACUUUGUCAUCACUGAGAAUUGCCCCUUUGCUGCUUCUACGUGUUACAGUUCCACCUUACAAUUUCAGGCAGGAAAUCUCAAUACCACCUUCCUUAUCAUGGGCUGUGCUCGUGAAUCACACAAGCUUUUAGCAGAUUUUCAGCACAUUGGGAGCAUCAGAGUGACUGAGGUCAUCAACAUCGUAGAUAAGUCUGAGGCUGUUGGUGCAGGGCACUGCAGUCAGGGUUCCUAUUGGGGCAUUCUCUUAUGCUUUCUUCAGAUCUUCAAAGACUGACCACCCAGCAGGACUGGAAAAAUAUCAGACCCUCCCCUUGCAUAAUCAAAUAAAAUCUUGGAAUUAUCCU